UAGUGCAAGUUGUGUUGUGCCCAUUAAAGCUUUUAACAAAUAAAAUAGUCCCACUUUUUAUUUUUUUUGCCGGAUCGCUGACGUGGACGGUCCAGAUUCAAAGUCUUUGGCGUAUUAGAUUCGCUUCUUCUUGUGUUAUUAUUUAAUAUAUUUAUAUAAUAAAACUCACCCGAACUUCUAUAUGUCUCUCAUUCUCAAUCGUCUCUGAUUAUUAUUACUUUUUUUGGUGUCGAUUCAAAGAAUUACGAUUUAAAAUUUGGUUCGAGCUUUUCCUCUCAGCCAAACGGAUCUGAUCUGAGAAAAUUAAUUGCUAUUAAUGUUUCAUCUGUUAUCAUCGAUUAAUUUGUCGACCUAAUUUUGGGUCUCUGGGCAAAAGAGAGACCGAAAGAAAAGAGAAAUCAAGAAACCUAAUUUUGUUGUUGUUGUUGGUACAUCGAGUACAUGAAUAUCUGUUUUUUUGCUGAUUGUACUGUGUAAGAAAUAUACUAAAAAUUUAUGGUUGAUUUUGGAUCUAAAUCCGUCGAGUGGAUUAAAAUUAAAGAGAUUGAAGGUUUUUUAAGUGAAAUGGGGAAAAUAGAAGAUGUAGAAGAAGGUGAAAUUUCAGAUUCAGCCUCUGUGGAAGAGAUCAGUGAAGAAGAUUUCAAAAAGCAAGAGGCUGGUGGUGAUGGUGGUGGUGCUGCUGCAGUUCCGGUUGAUUUGAAUCUUAAAGAAUCGAAAACUAAAGGAGGUGGUGGUGGUGAGAGUGCUAGGGGUUGGACGAUGCGUGAUCUGUUUCAAUACCAGGGAUAUAAGGGGUUUAAUAAUACGGGUUUGUAUAAUCUUGCCUGGGCACAGGCCGUUCAGAACAAAAGUCUCGAUGAUAUUUUUGUAAUGGAUGUUGAUUCUGACCAAAACUCUAAACUAUCAUCGUCUACGCCGGCGGAAAAGAAUAAUGUCAAAGAAGUGGAUAAAGUUGUGAUUGAUGAUAGUGAUGACGAUAUGGAGAAGGAAGAAGGGGAACUAGAGGAGGGUGAGAUUGAUUUGGAGGAGUCGAACCCUGCUCAAGAAUCCAAAGAUGGUGCUGUAUUGAACUGUGAUGCUACCCAAAUUAAUGACUUAGUGACUAUUGAUUCCAUGCACAAUGAGUUGGAGAAGCGAAUAAACUUGAUUCGGGAAGAUCUGGAGAGUGUUAAUGUGACUAAUACUGAGAAAUCAUUUGAGCAGGCUUGCUCCCGGCUGCAUAACACUUUGGAGAGCUUAAGAGAAGUUCUUUCAAAGUACAGUUCUCCAGCUAAGGAUGUUAUUAUUGACAUUUCGUUCACUGCUAUUCAAAUUGUCAACUCUGUUUUUUGUUCUAUGGACCAGAACAAAAAAGAUCAUAAUAAGGACACUUUAUCUAGGUUACUUUGUUUUGUAAAGAACUCUGAUCCUCCUGUCGUCUCCCCGAAAUGGAUGAAGGAGAUAGAGCUCAUGGCAGCAAGUGAUAAACUGAAAGAGCGAGAGAUUGUUAACGGGGUUCAGGAAAUAGAUUUCAAGAAUACAAGUGAUAAUACUAAAAAUGCCAUUUAUGGAUUGACAACUUCUGAGCUGCCUUCUGAUGUUAAUUGUAAGACUGUCAGUUCUGAUGUUACUUCUGUGGCCCAUGCUAACCCGAUUACCUCCCUGGAAAUGAGAUCAGGAGGAGUAUCUGCAUUUAAGAGCAGGGGCCUUCUUGUUCCCCUCUUAGAUCUUCACAAGGAUCACGAUGAAGAUAGUCUUCCUUCGCCUACUCGAGAGGCACCAACUACCUUUUCAGUCCUUAAAUCAUUGGGUGUUGGGGAUGUAGUUGUUAAACCUGGGCCUGCUACAUCUAAAAUGACUCUAGGGACCGAUGAUUCUAGAAUUCGCCGUUAUGAAACUGAUGCUGUCAAAGCUGUUUCUACUUAUCAACAAAAGUUUGGUGGGAGCUCCUUUCUAAUGAGUGACAGGCUUCCAAGCCCAACCCCUUCAGAAGAUGGCAAUGAGGAGAAUGAUGAUACUAAUAUGGAGGUCACGAGCUCUGUAUCUGGUAGUAGUUUAAGAAAUACAAGUAUGCCGAUGUUGAGACCUUCAGAGGUCUCUUCUUAUACUGCUGUGAGUAGUUCCAGCAUGCAAGGACCAAUUGUUGCUAAAAAUGCUCUAUCUGCAAGUUCUGCUUCUAGUUCAAGCAUGAAAGCCUUUGCAAAGAGUAGAGAUCCUAGGCUUCGAUUUGCAAAUUCAGAUUCGGGUGCUUUGGAUCUCAAUCAAAGACCUGUGGCUGCAGUGCGUAAUGCACCUAAAGUCGAAUAUGUUGAACCAACAAGCUCAAGAAAGCAAAAGGUUGCGGAUGAGGCACAUUUGGAUGGUUCUUCAUUCAAAAGGCAAAGAAAUUCAUUUAAGAAUGCUGGAACUGUUGGUGAUGUUAAAAGUGUGUCUGGACUAGGGGGCUGGAUAGAAGACAAUGGUUUCAUAGGUCCACAGUUCGCAAAUAAAAGUCAGUCAACAGAGGGUGCUGAAGUCGAUCCUAGAAAAUCAUAUAUGGGGAAUGAUCAUGCAACGAAUGGCCCAAAUAUGGCUAAAGAGCUGGUGCCAGUUACAAGUACGAGUACUACAACUUCUUUACCCGACUUACUGAAGGAUAUAGUUGUUAAUCCGACAAUGUUACUCAACAUUAUUAAACUUGGGCAACAGCAACAGCAACAGCAACAACAGCUAUUAGUAUCAGAAACUCAGCUCAAACCAGAUCAUGUACAAAAUAAUAUUCAUUCUUCGAGCCCAAAUUCAAUCCUGGGAGUAGCUCCUUUAGUGAACCUUGCUUCUUCUAAGACUGGGAUUUUGCAGACACCAGCGGCAUCACUUUCAGUUACUUCACAAGUAGCUCCAAUGAGCCCGCAUGAAGAUUUGGGAAAAAUCCGUAUGAAACCCAGAGACCCACGUCGUGUUCUCCAUGGCAUUUCACUUCAGAAAAAUGGGAGCCUGGGGAAUGAACAACUAAAAACUACUAUUCCCUCAGUGUCAAAUAAUCCAGGAAAUAAGGACAAUUCAAAUAGCCAAAUGCAGGAGGGUCGAGCUGAUCAGAAGGCAGUCUCCUCUCAAUCAGCUGAACGCCCUGAUAUUGCUGGACAAUUUACCAAGAAUCUCAGAAAUAUUGCUGAUCUCCUGUCAGUGUCAAAUGCAUCUACAAGUCCGGUUAUUGUUUCUCAGAGUCUCACUUCGCAACCAGUGUCAGUCAAACCAGAAAAAAGGGAUGUGAAAGAUGUUUCUACGAAGAGUGAGGAUCAGGGGAGUGGCAUUUCAACUUCUGAAACAACAGCUGUGGCAGCUCCCUCUCGUGCAACUCUUGAAGCAGCAGCUGUGGCAGGUUCUUCUCGUGCACCUAACACGUGGGGAGAUGUUGAACAUCUAUUUGAAGGAUAUGAUGACAAGCAAAAAGCUGCAAUCCAGAGAGAGAGGACUAGAAGAUUAGACGAACAGAAGAAGAUGUUUGAGGCCCGCAAGCUGUGCCUUGUCUUGGAUUUAGAUCACACUCUUCUUAAUUCAGCCAAGUUUGUGGAAGUAGAUCCAGUGCAUGAGGAGAUUUUGAGAAAGAAAGAGGAACAAGAUCGUGAAAAACCAUAUAGACAUUUGUUUCGUUUCCCUCAUAUGGGAAUGUGGACCAAACUGAGGCCCGGGGUCUGGAAUUUUUUAGAAAAGGCCAGUAAGCUAUAUGAGAUGCAUCUUUACACCAUGGGGAACAAACUAUAUGCUACAGAGAUGGCAAAAGUGCUUGACCCAAAGGGGCUCUUAUUUGCUGGACGAGUUAUUUCUAGGGGUGAUGAUGGGGAAUUUAUAGAUGGUGAUGAGAGGGUUCCAAGAAGUAAAGAUUUGGAAGGAGUUUUGGGUAUGGAAUCUUCUGUUGUAAUUAUUGAUGAUUCUGUGAGGGUCUGGCCGCAUAACAAAUUAAACUUGAUAGCUGUAGAAAGGUAUACAUUCUUUCCCUGUAGUAGACGCCAAUUCGGUCUUCCAGGUCCUUCUCUUUUGGAGAUUGACCAUGAUGAAAGACCAGAAGAUGGAACACUAGCGUCCUCUUUGGGGGUUAUUGAGAGAAUCCAUCAGAAUUUUUUUAGCCAUCACUCACUAGAUGAAGCAGAUGUUAGAAAUAUUCUAGCAUCAGAGCAGCGAAAGAUUUUGUCUGGCUGCCGAAUAGUAUUUAGUAGAGUGUUUCCUGUUAGUGAGGUUAAUCCUCACUUACAUCCUUUGUGGCAAACUGCUGAGCAGUUCGGUGCGGUAUGCACUACGCAGAUAGAUGACCAGGUUACCCAUGUAGUGGCCAAUUCUCCCGGGACUGAUAAGGUGAAUUGGGCUAUAUCUAAUGGAAGAUUUGCCGUCCAUCCUGGCUGGGUAGAGGCAUCGGCUUUGCUUUAUCGGAGAGCAAAUGAGCAAGACUUUGCCAUUAAACCAUCACCAACCUAAUUUGUUUUGGUAAAAUUAAAAAUGGACUUCAAAAUCACACUGGAUUGGAGUUAGGAUGGGUUUUCAAGUCAUAUGGUGGGUAGGUGGGAUGGGAUUGCACCUAAAACUGAUUGCUCAACUUUUCAAUUUCACUUUCCCCACCCAAUGUGGCCCAUCGGCUACUAAUGAAAUCCAUCAGAGAGAGAGAGAGAGAGAGAGAGAGAGAGAGAGAGAGAGAGAGAGAGAGAGAGAGAGAGAGAGAGAGAGACAGAGAGAGAGAGGCAGAGGGAGAGAGAGAGAGAGAGAUCAGGCACGUGGCUAAGCCAAGUAUUUCAUUCCUUGCGUGCUUGAAAAGUUUUGGGAUUGAAAAAAAUUCGAGCUAAGAAAUUUGAAUAAACUUAACGGCAAGAAACCCAACUAAAAUCUUAAUUGAGAAAAGAUGUGCACAUAAAAUGAAAGCUAUAUGGGGUGGUAUUUUUGGGUUUACACCAAAAUUUUCUACAUAAUUGGGUUGAAUCAUUUGGGGAUAGUUGUUUAUUGGCAUUUUUGAUUACUCUAUUGCUAAUUUUCUAUCGUUGACCUUAAUCUUUUUAAUGGGCACUUGAUUGCGACCGAUUUUAAUUUUGAAGAAGAAAAGGAAAAAAAAAAGUGGGUGGAUGGGUGUUUAUGCUGAUUCAUUAAGAAUUGUUUAUACUU